AAGCCCCUGGGUCAGAUGCAGCAGGAGACCCCAUCACAAGCAUUUGAAAGGGCAAUCAGGGAGAUCAACCUUGAAGGAGAGGAGAGCCAAUCCGGAGUUUUCUUCGGCCGCUUCCCGCCUCCAUCUGGUAGCAUUAAGGGUGGUGACCAGACAGAGCGCACGGAGAGCCCCCCAAUUCUAGAUCGUCUUGCUCCGGCUACAGUGGGAAUCCGCCUUCCUCAGGCUUCUCUGAUCAUCCUCCGAGGUGACUUCAGGAGUCUGUUCUACCCCUUGGACCUGACUGAAAUGCAUUUGAAAGAAGAACCCCUGCAGGGAUGUAUUUUCGGACUACACCAGAUUGAAGUGGAUUCUGAUGAGAAUCCGCUGUUUGAACCAUUCCUGUUGUCUACUGCAGAAGAUGUGGGAGCAGUCCAUGCACCAGCCGGGGACUGGAAGAAGGCACUGGAAAACUUCUUCGGGAACAUGGAGGAAGACCUCGAUUCUGAUCCAGAUUUAGAUCCAGAUAUAGCAGAGAUGCUGGAUUAUUGCCCUUUGGAUUUUAUGGAUGACGAAAAGGAUGGUGGAAUUGAUCUGUACCGCCAUUUCCCGGAAGAAGACACCUGUCCAACCAAGCAGGAGCAAGGCAUAAUGUUCCUGCCUCGUAUAUAUAAGGGAAACUGGCUUGUCCCAAAGAUUGAACUUCCUAGCUUCCCACAGGUGUUAGAAGCAAUAGACCGGCUCAACUUGCAAGACGACUCUCAGUAAACACUUGUUGAGAGAGGACAAACUGGGUCAAGAAAUCUUGCUGUUGUCACUGACCUCUGUGCCCUCCAUUCGGCCUUCUAUAAAGCUGCCAAAAUGACAUUUAAUAAAAGGAGUGUGCAAAUGCAAA